GUUAACAGGAGGACAGGCAGCAGGUGGAGAGACAUGCAGACUGAUGAGCAGCAGCAGCAGCAGCAGCAGAGGAGCCACUGUGUGCUGACAGUUAGGGCUGAGCUGGGGAGAAACAAGCACCGAUUGCCGUCUCUAAUUUGUCCCUGCAGCAGGCAAAAUUGUUCUAAUUGCAGGAUGGAGGCGGCUUUUUAAAGGCAUGGUUCCUGCCUGUGCCGUUGAACGGGACGCCGGUGAAUAACACUUGCAGUCAAUUUGCUGGGUAAAUGACUUGAGUAACUCUCAUCGAAGUCAGCGAACAGAGAAAGCGGUUAUAUGGGAAAUGAAUGUGACCGGGAAACAGCAACCUGAGCUGAUCGAGCGACCCGCCAGCCUUUUGGUUCCAACUUCGGUGCUCACUGCCGGUCCUCCUGAGAAGUACAGUGAGCAUGACGGCUUCCUCUGUCAACACAAAUACAAAAUCUGGAAUUGCUUUGCUGUACAAUGAGGAGACCAACAAUACCUAUGAUGUCUGUCUGAAAUUGACCAAAGAGGUAUUAACCAUACAGAAGCUGGAUGUGGUUUGCACAAGUGGAAGUGAAUCCCAAGUAAAUCACAGAACUGUUGUACUGCGAAGACAGGCGACUGGCGGCCUGGGCUUAAGCAUCAAAGGAGGGGCUGAGCACAACGUGCCUGUGGUUAUUUCAAAGAUUUUCAAAGAUCAAGUAGCCGAUCAGACGGGGAAGCUAUUCGUCGGGGACGCUGUGUUGCAGGUCAAUGGCAUAAAUGUAGAGCCUUGUACUCAUGAGGAAGUUGUUCACCUCUUACGCACUGCAGGAGAUGAGGUCACCAUCACUGUUCGGUACCUGCGAGAAGUUCCAUCAUUUCUGAAGCUGCCUCUAGGUUCUCCUGGGCCGUCCACUGAUCACAGCCGAGUUUCCUCUCCACUCUUUGACAGUGGCUUACAUUUAAAUGGAAAUGGAAACAACACAGCUCCAUCACCCCCUUCGCCCUCAGCUAAUGAACCAAAGUAUGAGAAGCGCUGGCUGGAUGCCGUCUCCCUGCCCUUGUUGAUGGCCAGAGUCUCCAGAUACAAAGCUGGCACCGAUAAAUUAAGGUCCAACUGUUUUGAAGUCUUUGCCUUGGAUGGAGCCAGCACCAAUAUUCUUCAAUUUUGCACUGCAGCAGAAAGCACAGACUGGCUCCAAGCAAUAUCUACAAACAUCAAUGACUUGACACAGGAGAAUAUAAAGAUCAUCAACAAGUACUGCUCUUCAGAUGAUCAGAUUGUUCACAUGGGCUGGGCGUGUGAAAGCCCCGAGGGUAGCACUGCUAGUAGAACUUCAGCAUUCAAGUUCCUGGCGCUGAGAGGACCAUAUUUUCAUAUCUUCAGAAAUCCCCCGAUCAGUGCUGCUGACUGGGGACAAGCUGAAACUACAUAUAACCUCUAUGAGGUUCUUUUCAAGGUCCACAAGCUGUGGAUGGCAGAGGACUGCUGGCUCCAGGCGAGGCUCUACUUGGGGCUCGAGCAUUCGCCUGAGCAGCAAGACAAUGAGUCUCUGUGCUUCAGCAUUCUGGUGGGCCACGGCCAGAGCCACACCUUCAGGGUAGAGCUGGCCACUGACCUGGCUAUCUGGGAGAAGUCCUUCCAAAGAGCUGUCUUCUUGGAAGUGCAGCGGAUACGAUCAAAAAGCUACAUGUGCAGCAGCCAGGGGAAUGUACUGUGCUUCACUAUAGAUUUUGGAUCAGGCUUCACCUGCUCAGAAGGCACUUCAAAGACCGUACUGUGGCGAUAUAAGUUCUCUCAACUUAAAGGCUCCUCAGAUGAUGGGAAAACCAGGGUAAAACUCCUUUUCAAGAAUGCUGAAAGCAAACAAAUAGAAAUGAAGGAACUAGAGUUUGCUAAUCUAACAGCCGUCCUCCACUGUAUACAUUCUUUUAUCGCUGCCAAAGUGGCCUCCAUGGACCCUCUCUUUAUGUGCAGUCAAAGCUUCCCUGGAAAUUACAUGAACAGUUAAGAAGACACGUCCUCAUUGUAUGUGCACAACCUGUGGCAAAUCCAUAUUUUAUGCACAGAGCCAAUUAAGUAUAUCUUGUUCUUGCUAUUUUUGUAUGAACUACUGAAAAAUGAAUAUUUGUAAAAGACUGUAGAGGUAGAUAAUGUAUGAAUUAACUGUGGAAGGAAGAUGUAAUUUCAUUUUUGACAAGUACAGAAAAACACAAUCCAAAGGGAUUCACAGUUCUUCCAUUUCAUUGAUAUUUUUUCUGUCACUACAUAAUGGACACUGAUUCUGAACGGAGGUUAUUUGUCUAUUGUCACAUUGAAAGGCGACAACCGGGCUACCAUAUGGUGUGUAACUGCCAAACAUUGACACGGAUUGCCAAAUAUAGCAACUGCCACUGCGUUAAGCAGAAAAUCUCAGCAGAUACUGUAUCUAUGAAGAGAUAUGAUGCUGUACCUACAUCUAGAGAGUAAGUUCAUUUUAAAUGACAACAUGAAUCUAAUGCUGGCUUACUGUCAUGGGGGAAUUCACAUUUGCCACAGAACUUUGACAAUGAUUUUCUUUCUUUCAAAUCCACAGUUGAACAGUAAUGAAAAAGGUAACCUUUCUCUGUUCCCAGUUCUUCUGGUUUACUUUGUGUUUUUGUCAUGUCUGUGAAAUGGGAGGUGGAUGACACAAACACCUUACAAUAUAAUACAGUCUAAUAAGCCUCCAAAUAACCACUGAACUGAAUCAACACAUCUCAGAUAUGGUCCCAACGAAAAUUAAAUAUUAGCCCCACAAUAGCAGCAUUUACUGCAUGGCUACUGUAUUGGCUUUGAUUAAAUUGUAUGAUGUUUGUGUUAUUGCAUCUAUCCUUUGUAUCUGAUAAACACAAAAGGCAAAUGAGGACACUGCACUGAAAUGUGACAUUUCCGUUCAAGUAAGACUUUCUUUUAUCAACUCCUGUUCUAUUACAGUCAGAAAUACUGUAUGUCUUCAGUUGCUUCAUGUAACGGUUUCCGUGUGAAAAUGCAUAUUUGCUGUGUUUUCAAUAAACUGCUCAUAAAGCACAAUUGCCUACCAUGA